GGAGUUAUCCAGAACAACAAAUCAAACGCCUUCACUCAUAUACGUCAGCGUCUCUGAGGGCUGUGACCGCCAGUACUAUCAACAGAAGCAGUGUAGCAGUAUGGCCGAGCAAGCGGUGACAGCGAACGAAGGGGUUGUUCAGAGGAUGCUGUCUGUGGUUGGUGUUCCCAGUGUGCUCAGCAGUGUGUGGGGCUAUGUGGACACCACAAUAAGGUGGUGCUGGAUCCCCAGCUGGCUGCCGUCAUGGUGUCCCACCUCUCAGAUCCAGCUACAGGCUGCAGAGGACAGGAUGCUGCGAUGUGUAGACAGCACUUUCUCCAAGAAGUAUGUCCCCAUCUCCAAUGGCAACCGGCUGUGGACCCUGACCUUUAGCAGUGACCACCUCAAAGACAAAACCCCCAUGGUUCUGCUCCCGGGCUUCGGAGGCGGCGUCGGCCUUUGGGCCCAGAACCUGGACGCUCUGUCCCAGCGUCGGCCCGUCUUCGCCCUGGACCUGCUGGGCUUUGGACAGAGCAGCAGACCUCUGUUCUCCACAGACGCUCAGGAGGCAGAGGAGCAGUUCGUGGAGUCUAUAGAGCAGUGGAGGGCUCAAGUGGGUCUGGAGUCCAUGAUAGUGCUGGGACACAACCUGGGAGGAUACCUGGCUGUGUCAUACUCUAUUAAAUACCCAGGCAGAGUAAAGCACAUAGUGCUGGUGGAGCCCUGGGGUUUCCCUGAGCGCCCAAACACAGUAGAGGCAGACCGUCCCAUCCCGGUAUGGAUCAAGGCCCUGGGUGCCAUGUUCAGUCCCUUCAACCCCCUGGCUGGCCUGAGACUGGUCGGACCACUGGGCCCCACUCUGGUCCAGACUCUGAGACCCGACUUCAAGAAGAAGUUCUUGUCCAUGUUCAGUGACAACACUGUGUCAGAGUACAUCUACCACCUGAAUGUGCAAACCCCCAGUGGGGAAACGGCUUUUAAGAACAUGACUGUUCCCAACGGCUGGGCUGAGAGGCCAAUGCUGCAGAGGAUGGACCAGCUUCAGCCCGACAUCCCCAUCACCAUCAUCUACGGAUCCCGCUCCAGCAUAGACAGCAACUCAGGCACUACCAUGAAACAGAUGAGGCCACACUCUCAUGUGGAGACCAUAACGAUCCGUGGAGCCGGACACUAUGUAUACGCUGACCAGCCAGAGGACUUCAACCACAGAGUUUUGCAAGCGUGUGACAAAGUGGACUGAAGCAGAGACGAGUCUGGUUAGUGAACUCUGGAGAAAAAAGGGGAGCACCAAUAACCGACAUCACUGUAUCAGCCGGUGUGGAAACACAGGAUCUCACUUCCUCUAAGCAGGAACAAGGAGUUUGUACAUAAAAAAUAUCAUACAUUUGACUUGUACGUCAUGACACGCUGCAAUUCACAUGUUAUGUCACCACUAAUUCUGUGAUAUUCUUGGAAUACACCCCCUGACAACAACACUGAUCAAGUUCCCUUUUGAAUGCUAUUUACCAGCAUUCCAGCAAUUAUGAAAUAAUGCCCGUGGGCCUGCAUCACAUGUUCCCCUUACGUCACGCCGCAGCACACUCAAACAGUAGGUGGUGCUGCAGCCUCUUGCACAUGUGAUUGAAGCAUUAGUUCUACUAUAUUUUCUCAGAAUUGCUUCUAUCACAUGAAGAAAGGAGGCAUUUUGAAAUUCAAAUAUUCCGUUGAGCACACAACCACAAAGCUUCAGUGUUCAGUCAGUGUACAAUAUUGUCCAUAUGUGGCCUUUAAUAGCUGCAGUCAUCUGCAGUGCAAAGAUAACGAAACUAAUUAAAAAACUAUUUUUAUAUGUGAAUAGAUACCUGAAUCCUUGUGUAUUUUUGUUAAGAAAUUUUAGGAGAGUAAUUUCUAAUAUGAUAUAAUGAUAUUAUGUUUAUCCACGCCCUAAAUGAAUCACUCUGAAACUGAAUCUGAUGCUGCAGACAGAAAGCUCAGUUACAGUGUCAUGUGUUAGGUGUUUCCUGUACAGUGCUUGACCUGUGGUUUGUGGUUUUUCCAUAUGAUUCUGAUACAGACAGGAAGGACCACGGAUUUAUCUGCAGCAAGCAAUAAUCUUUUACAGUGUCUGUCCUCUGUGCUCGUUUUUUGGCUUUUCUUUAAGUCAAAAUUUCAUUUCAGUUGCAUUAAUUGUGAGUGUGAACCCAUAUCAGCUCUAGAAUGAGGCCGAAAUAGUAAAUUGAAACCUACAAGACUGUUUAACACACUGAAGCUGUUGCACAGCCCUCAGACCUUUUUGACUGCUGUCUACAAAAAAAACAUUUUAAUGCGUCAUUUAAUUUUUAGUAGCCGUUAUAAAUAUAGCCUUUGUUUUCUCGUGCCUCACACACAGUAUAAAGUAUGCUUGUGCAAUAGUGAGUCGGCACUUAGAGAUGCCUCAGAGUUUCUGGUGAGCGCUGCUGAUCCAUACAGUAUUAUUCCAACAAUGGCCACAUACGUCGUAUUUGCCUUUUAUUUAUUAAUAUAAUAUUAUCUUGUUGUUUUUUCCCAAACUGCAGUAGAGCUGUUUAUACUAAAUAAUUUAACAAAUUCCCCCCCGGGAUCAAUAUAGUGUUUAUGAUGCUAUUCUAUUCUGACAUUUUAGAGGCACGUUAUAGCAGUUGAAAUUGUUUCAUAAUGCUAAACUCAGCUGGAACCUCAAAUGGCUUUGGAUUGGAUGGAUGGUUACCAAACCACUUUUUUUCAUCUGUCUUCAAACAAGGCACCAGGGUAAUGUGGUGGUGUAUGUACACAUACUUUAGACAUCACACUGUAGCAAUAAGGUUUAAAUCAAAUUCAGAUGCUGCUCAGAUUUCCACCAACACCCUCUGCUAAUGUUGUUUUUCCAACUUUGCAGCUAGACUCUCUGUUUUAGCAUUCUCUAUUGAUUUUCCUUUAAACCCACCAUACAUUUGUGUGCCGUAUAUUGAAAACGGAAGUACAUGCAAGCAUAUAACAUGAGCAUUAUUCAAGUGAAUACAACUGUGAAAGGCACCCCACCCAUCCUUUCCCCCAACAAUCCCAACCACUUGUCCUCUUAAGUCUGUCUGUUGAAGUGUUUGUCUGAACAAGGAUGAAUGAGUUUGUUGUUUACUUCUGGAACCAGACCCAGAACUUGGCUAUGGAGCAACUUUUCUGAAAUCUUUAAAAAUAGAACCUGUUUAUGUUACCUGGUUAUCUCAGCUUGGGUUUAUAUACUACAGAUUUACAACAGAAAGCAAACUGGCAGCAUGGAGUUUACUAAAGAAGGUAUCAAGCUGCAUGUUGGGAAGUGUAGGAUCCAGCAGUUUUGGAGCUUGACCUAUACUAAGGACUGAUCAAGAUUUAUUGACCUCUGCUGCAGUGAUUUUGACCUUUCACUCUUUUUUUAAAUCUGUCUCUCGCAAGUCCCCCUUAGUAGAAGUGCAAUACUAGAUCACUUCAGUGUGCCUUUAAGUCAAUGACUGCAGUGUUUAAAUGUCAAUUAAAAUCCACUACAUCUAAGAAACCAGUGGACAGUCUGCUAAGCCUCUACAUAGGAUCGGUGCCUCUCUACCUCUUCUGGUGUUCAUUUAGAAAGAAUAUAUUUAGACCAAUCAGAUUCUUUUUAUUCUCAAUUGAAAUGCUCCAAUGUAAUCUGUCUAUAAUAUGAAAGGCAGAACCUCAGAGUUUAAGUAGGCCGCAGGAUGUCUCACAGAUGGAGAACUGCGUCAUUUAUAUUAGAGCUGACUUUUCACAAGGAAAUGUGUCUGUAGUUUUACUGACUGUCUUGAAUUGUUGCUUAAAGGUACAUUGUGUAGGAACCCAUC